CGGAUUUUGACUUUUCAAAUUGUUGACCACAAAAAUUCAACCCAAAAAGUGCUGAAAAAACCCACCAACCACUUCCCGUUUGCCAUCAUCGCCAUAUAAAAUCUUCAGUUCUUCAUUCGUUGAAUCAGAAUCACGAACAACAAUGGCAGCCACUCGAUUGAUACGCGCUUGGAGGCCAUCUUCUGUAAUUUCCGCCCCUUCAUCCUCGCAAAAGACGUUAACAUCGGUGAAGGUGAAGUGUAUGAGCAACGCGAUUGGGUUUAGUUUAGAGAACAAUCGAUUGCCCGGAGAUGGAGAGAGAAAACCAGUGGUGUUAGCUAAGGCUGCUUCCUGCUCUGAGGCGGCGGUGAAUGUCGUGGUCGCUGCACCGACGCAAACAAGCCAAGGAGUAGACGUGGCUACUCUGGUGGCGAUUGUGAGAACGUCGGUGUUUAGGAGGUUAUAUGUGGUUACGAGAUCUAGGUCAUGGAGAUCAAUUGUUCAAUUGUUCAUCGAAAAGGCUAUUAUCGAUUGCCGGUUUUUCACCAUGUUCGCCGUAGCCGGAACCUUGCUCGGCUCAGUUUUGUGCUUUUUGGAGGGAACAUUUUUGGUUUUUGAGUCGUAUUUCCAUUAUUUCCAUUCUCUGUCGCACCAUUCCGAUCAUGGCCGAAUCAUGCAACUACUGAUCGAAUCUUUAGAUAUGUUCUUGAUUGGAACCGCGAUGCUAGUAUUUGGAAUGGGAUUGCAUGUCAUGUUCGUGGGAUCUCAAUCCCAAGGAUCGCAACUUCCAUCAUCCAACUUUUUCGGAAAUUUCCAUCUCAAGGAAAUUCCAUCAUGGGUUGGAAUGAAAUCAGUGACACAAGCAAAGUCCAUGAUCGGGUAUGCUUUAAUGUUGUUGCUUCAAGUGGGAGUGUUGGAGAAAUUCAAGAGUGUACCAUUGGUUACAGGAUUGGAUCUGGCUUGUUUUGCUGGAGCUGUAUUUGUUUCAUCUGCUGCUUUAUUUAUUCUUUCGAAACUCAGUCUAGAUACAUGAAUUUAAAACAUAGAGUGUAGAUACUAAGUAUCUAUAGUAUAUAUGCAUAAAUUAAACCCAAACACACGAUUCUUUGAACUAGUAAAAAUCAUUUGGUAGAUAGGUUAUAGUUGUUAGGUAAAAAAGUUUAAAUCUUGUAAGAAUUUGCCACGAAUUAUUGAGAAAUUUUGGUACUUUUAUAUAUCCGUAUGCAUAUUGAAACGAAAGACUCAAUAAAUCUGUUUUGUG